AUGAUAAAGGUUAAAGGCAUGGCACGUUCCUUCGUGUUCUGGCCUAGCAUCGACGUAGACAUCACAACUCUUGUCAAAUUCUGCCCUGCACCAUGGGAACGGAUCCAAAUCGACUACGCUGGCCCAGUUGUAGAUACUAUGUUGCUGAUUGAUGUCGACACCUACAACAAAUGGCUUAAGGUUAAACUAAUAACCUCCAUGUCAACAGCCGCCACGAUCACCAUCAUGGACAACCUAUUCACGACGUACGGCGCAGCAAGAACUGUGGUCGCUGAUAAGAGUCGACAGUUCAUCUCAGAAGAGUUCAAGAUCUUCCUGUAG